UAGGACGCGAUGAGGUUAACAGCACUGUGCGUAUGUCGGACCCUGCUGGCCUUCUUGAGCCUCUUUUGGACCGCAGCAGACUCUGGUGAAGGAGACCUCCUGGGUGAUAAUGGAUAUGGCCCCUGUGCUGCAACUCUGCAACCCGAGGGGCCGUGCAGACAGGGGCAGGAUGAGAACGCAUGCCCGUACCUAUUUAGUCUGCCACCGCUGACUGUUCAUUUGCCAAAGCAGCUUAAAGAGCUGGAGAAGAUCAUGAAGGAUCUGCAGAAGCUGAAAGACAAUGUGGACCAACUGCGGAAGAUGUGUGCAGAUUGUACAGUAAGCCAAACUGAGAGAGAGUGUGGAAGGCAAGGAGAAAGAGAGCAUGUCAAGCUGAAUGAGGGUACAGAUAGAAAUGUGGAUGAGAGGAACUGGGUGAAUGAGAGAAAUCCUGAGAGACUAGAAGACUCUAGACAAGAGUGUGGAACAAAAAGGGUUAAAGUGGAAGAGAGUAUGGAAGGAGAUGGUGACACUAACUCAGAAAAAAGAACAAUUUUGGAAGAAAGAGGGAGAAAGAAAUGGGAAGCAGAAAGAGAGAGUGAUAAAGGGGUCGUAAAAGAAAAAGAGAAAGCAGAAACCUUAAAGGAAAUGGCCGAAAAAGAUGGGAAAACUCAGACGGAGGGGGCUAAAGGAAAGGAAAAAAAUAACAGGGAGACAGAUACAGAAAGAAAUAAAGGAAAAGACAGAAAAGGAGAUUCAAAGUUGGAAAUAGAGGAUACGUUGGAGAGUGCAACAGAAAGAAAGACGACCACUAAUAUCAAAAAUGAGGAUAAAACAGAAGAAAGUGACCAUCGCGUGUGGCGAGAUGAAACAAAGGAAACAGACCCAAAGACCCAAACUGAAGAAGACAGGGGCAGUGAUGGGAUAAAGAUGUCUGAGGACCAUGAUGAGCAUACAAAUAAGGAGCAAGAGCAGCACAGGGAGGAGGGGAAAAAGAAAAUAGAAGAGGGAAUAAAAGUGGAGGGAAAUAAUGAGAAACCAAAACAGACUGAAAGCAUUGGGCACACAGAAAAAGAGAAGACUAUAAAAGAGGGGGAGGAUGACAGAGAGAAGGGAGAGGAGAUCAAAACAGAAAGAGAAGAAAUGGUCCCGAGUGUACAGAGAGACAGGGAUGGAGAAUUAGCAUCCAACAAAGCAACUGAAAGGACAGACUUUGUUUCAAUCAGCCCGACUCCACAGUCUACCAUUAGUUUAGCUCCGAGACAUGACUCCAUGGACUCAAACGAAGAUACAACCUUUACGUCAUCCAUGUCAUCGCUUCCUUUGUCAAGUUCACAUUUGAUCACAGAUGUCAACCAAGGGAUGACGAUCGGUGAUUAUGGACUACCAACCCAAAACACAGACUUAGAGGUAGCUGGCAUUUCUGAGCACCCACCCCCUGAUGCAGAGGCAGGCUUUAGGAGCAGAAGUAGGCCAACAAAAGCAACAGUAAGCACAUUGGGUGGCCCUGGACAACAGAUAACCAGUGACACUACUAGGUUCACCUUUACAACUAGUACUAUAUUCCCAGGAUUUGCAGACCACAGCCGUUGGACAGCUAAAAAGAAUAUCAGCUCAAACACUAAUAUGGGUGUGAAACUUCCACCAGGCCAAGGACCAAAGCCCGGUGAAAAGUAUGAGGCUGGAAUUAAGCCUGAAGCAGACCCAAAGCUAAAAGAUCCUGAGAAUAAGCAUAAACCUGACCAAGCUCCUUUGCCUGACGAUAAAACAAAAUAUGACCAAAAGCAGAAAACGUCUCACCAAAAACCAACAGCUGACCAGAAACCCAAACCUGGCAAAGACCCUCAACAAGUCCAAAUUCCAAAACCUGAUCAGAGAGCUCCACCUGAUAAUUUAACUACUGAUCAAAAUCUGAAAAACAAUCCAAUACCGAAACAUGACAAAGACCAUACAACUGAUAAAAACAAGUCUCCUGACUUCUCCUGUGUCAAGACACCUUCAUCUCAUCAAAGACCUGUAACUGUAAAUGCAACCGUUUCUGACAAAGAUCCUCUGACUGACCAAGAACCUAAAUCAGUUGAAAUCACAAUUAUUAAUCAAAACUCAAAACCUGAAAAGAAGCCACAUCGUCCUCUUACAACCGACAAGCCUGACCACAUGCAAAAACCAUUGAAAAAUCCAAAAAGUGGACAAAAAACACAACCUGAUCAAAGGUCUGAACCAAACCAACAUUUCACACCUGUUCAAAAGCAUGAAUCUGAGGCAAGUGAAACAACUAGCCUUGCACCAAAAACUAACCAAAAGUCUGUAACAGAAUUAAUGGGAAAUUCUGAUGAUAAUCCUUCUCCUAAGCCUAAAUCUAACCAAGACUCAACACCUGGACAAAAGCUUACACUUGAUCAUAUUAAUAUACCCCCUGAUCAAAAGCCUAAACCCAGCCACAAAAUCCCUAAAAUUAACCAAAACUCUAUGCCUGGACACAUACCUAAACUUUACCAAAUACAUCCAGAGUCUGCGACAGGCCAAAAGAUUAAAUUGAAUGCGAAGCCUAGACCUGACCAAGCACCAAGAACAAAACAGGGCUUUGAAAUACCUUGGCCUGGCCAAAUGUCUAAUCUUAACCCAAAAUCUUUGCCUGAUGAAAUCCCUGUAGCAAAAUCCAACAAAACAUCCAAACCAAAGCCUCCCCCCAGACACAGACCACCAACCGGACCUACACUCAAGCCAGAAGAAACAUCUGUUCAAAGGCCAAAACCAGCAGUGCAACUAAAGCCAAGCCCAAAGACCAAAAAAGAUUUAGAACCUCCUCAUAUCAGCGGGACUACUUCAGAUGGCAUCCAAAAGGCUCAAACCGACAUGCCACCUACAUCUGGCCCUGUAAAACUGACUGCUGAAGUGACCCAUUUGCCAGGGGACACAGAGUUCAGUCCCAGCAUGAAGAAAACUAUCUCUCUGGCUCCAAAGACCUACAACAGCCUGGAGACUGGACCCUUACCUCUCCUUCACACUCUCCCCGAAGGCUUCAAGAUGAGCUCGAACAGCAGGAUUACGUCUGAUCUGAGGCCACAAACAGCCAGUCAACCAUCAUCGAUCCCAAUGACAACAAGACCAAACAAAAUCAUCCGUGGGACCCUCCCAAGUGUUAUCCCUAGCACGAGUCCAGGAGCCACAAAGCUAAAUCUAAAUUCUAAUACUGACUCCAGUUUAAAAGCUAAGAUACUACCCAAUGUGGAGGAAACAGCACCCAGACAAACUCAAGAUCCAGAAAAAAGGAUGAUUCCAGUCCCUUCCCCCCAUGCCCAAACUACUUCCACACUCAGCCCUGACUUCAGGUCAACAACCCCUGCCACCUCUGGCCCUGAGCCCCUGGCUGCUGAGUCUUCCACUCCCAGUGCACGUGAGCUGCGUGUGAAAAUCAAACAGGUGGCUGCUUUCCUCAAUAACAGCCUGAGUCUAAAUGGAGGAUCACCGGACAGGAAUCCAAAAGAACACCAUAAGGACAACCAGGGAGGCAGCAGGUCUGACCACAAACCACCAACACGGUUACAAUUUAAAGUCAAAGCGGUGAAGAGAGAUUGCUCAGACCACCUGCUCCGAGGAGCAACAAAGAGCGGCGUGUACCUGGUGACCCCUGACAUCCGCAGCAAAAGCUUCCCUGUCUUCUGUGACAUGGAGCUGGGUGGUGGAGGAUGGACCCUCCUGCAGCGCCGACAGGACGGCAGCGUCAGCUUCAACCGCACCUGGGCCGAGUACCGAUCAGGCUUCGGGGACCUGGACGGCGGGGAGUUUUGGCUGGGUAACAAUAUGAUCCACCUGCUGACCCGCCACAGGGACAUGGUGCUGCGGGUGGAGCUGGAGGACUUUGACGGCGCGAUGGAGUAUGCAGAGUAUAAGCAGUUCAAGGUGGCAAGUGAGCGUCUGCGCUACAGGCUGACAUUAGGGGUUUACUCUGGUACGGCAGGCGAUGCGCUCCGCUUCAGCAAAAGCUACGAUCAUAACAACAGGCCGUUCACCACCCCGGACAGGGACAAUGACCGCUAUCCAUCCGGGAACUGCGGGGCCUACUACAGCUCCGGCUGGUGGUUUGAUGCCUGCAUGGCUGCAAACCUCAACGGGAGAUACUACAGGGGAAGGUAUUCAGGAGUCCGGGAUGGGAUUUUCUGGGGGACGUGGCACAACAUAUCGACAGAGUAUUACCCCACCAAUGACAGACGGUCCUUUAAAACUGUCAGGAUGAUGAUCAGACCAAGCGGCUUCGCACCAUGAGCUUUUACUCCAAAUUCAAAAAAAAAAAGAAAAAAAAAAAGUACAAAAUAAACACAAAAGGACCACAGCAGACUACAUAAGCUCCUAAAAUGCUCCUUACAAUUUUAACAAAACCUAUUAUGCUCCUCGCACAUUUAUUGUACACCAUAAACCCAAUGCUGCCGCCUUGUGGUGUUUGAUUUUGCAAUAGCCUACUGUUUUGGUUAAUAGACAAUAACUGGGGAUGUACAUAGUUAAAAACGUUAUAGACCUAAUUACAUAGUAUCUUUCUUUAUAACCUUUUAAUAUUAAUAUGUCACAUCAUUUUUUUGAGAGUGGAAUUUGCUCAAAGAAGAGACAGAAAAAUCCUCCUGUGAGGAGUUAUUUUUCUAAGAUAAUAGUCUGAAUCUGACUGGUAUGCAGCAACAAAGACUGAUAUUUUUUUAUUACAGUACUGGAAGGCCAGUUGAUGGUUGAUUGAAGAUGGUUGGGAUGUUUUAUAAUUAAGUUCAUUUUGUUAAGAUAAAUAAAAUGAAUUUACAUAAAUGAUUUUCAUUCGUUUGUUUUUUGUCUGC